UGAGCUUAUGCUCUGAGGGGAUGCAAAGUAGAGUGAGUGAUGAUAUCGUCACUGGUCGUUGCAGGAAGUGGCAACCUGGAAGUUGAUUUCGGAAAAGGUUAGCUGGGAUUUUUCUUUCAACAGCACUUAAUUGUUCUUCUCACAGUGACUCAGUCCUUCUGUAGCAGUAGAGAGAGAUGAGGAGGGAUGAAAGGGACGCAUGCUGGAAGUAGUAAGUUACUGACUGACUUUGUGUUCCUGCACACACGUGACCACCACCAUGUCUCGUGCCCACCAGCCCCCCCUGGUGACGGGCAUCUCACCCAACGAGGGCACUUCAUGGACCAAGGUCACCAUCCGAGGAGAGAACCUGGGUACUGGCCCCGCAGACCUCGUUGGUCUCUUCAUCUGUGGUCACAACUGCCUGCUGACGGCUGAGUGGAUGUCAGCCAGUAAGAUAGUGUGUCAUGUGGGCCCAGCCAAAGACGAUAAGGGAGAGAUCAUCGUCAGCACCAAGUCAGGAGGACACGGCACCUCCACCGUCUCCUUCAAGCUGCUCAAGGCUGAGAAGAUCGGUAUCCUGGACCAGUCUGCUGUGUGGGUGGAUGAGAUGAACUAUUACGACAUGAGAACCGACCGCAACAAGGGCAUCUCUCCCCUCUCCCUACGCCCCAGCAAUCCAUUGGGCAUCGACGUAGACAAGGGUAAGGUCCCUCUGAAAGAUCUGGAGGCCAUGUUCCCAGGGGUGAGUGGGGAUUUCACCAGCGAGAACUUCUCAGCCACCUGGUACCUAAUCGAGAACCACUCUGUCACCAGUUUUGACCAGUUGCGUAUGGCAGCCAGUAACCUGAAGAAGCAGGCCACUAGGAAGAACGAGGGCAGUCUGGCCUACGUGAAGGGAGGCCUCAGCACUUUCUUUGAGGCACAGGACGCCCUCGCAGCGAUCCACCAGAGGUUGGAGUCUGAUGGGACAGAGAAGGUGGAGGGCUCCAUGACACAGCGCCUGGAGAAUGUCCUCAACAGAGCCAGUGAUACAGCAGACACUCUGUUCCAGGAGGUUUUGGGGAGGAAGGAUAAAGCUGACUCAACACGUAACGCCCUCAACGUUCUGCAGCGCUUCAAGUUCCUCUUUAACCUGCCGCUCAACAUUGAACGAAACACACACAAGGGAGAUUAUGAUGUGGUGAUCAACGACUAUGAGAAAGCCAAGUCUCUGUUUGGGAACACUGAGGUCCCCGUCUUUAAAAAAGUGUAUGCCGAGGUGGAGACUAGGAUCGGGGCUCUGAGGAGUCUGCUACUGGACAAACUACUGGAGACGCCAUCUACCUUGCAUGACCAGAAGAGAUACAUCAGGUAUCUGUCUGACCUGCAUGCACCAGGGGACCCUGCCUGGCAGUGUAUCUACGCCCAGCACAAGUGGAUCCUCGGACUGAUGCAGAACUGCAAGGAGGAGUUUAUCAAUGACCAGAGAGUGGGGUUGGGGGCCAUAGCCCUGGAUCUAGAGGGGGACCCUCGCCCGUCGGCCCUCAGCAGGAUCAGGGACACAGCUUCUCUGAAGAGGGGGUGCAGUCUGCGUACCCCCCGCCCCAGCACCUGGCGUUAUGAGACGCCCCAGCAGGUGCAGUUUGUGGAGAAGCUGUCGGACGUGGUGAUUGGCCAGCUGCCCAACUUCUGGAAGCUCUGGAUCUCUUACGUCAAUGGCAGCCUCUUCAGUGAGACUGGUGAGAAAUCUGGCCAGGUGGAGAAAUCGAAGAAGAAUGCCAGACAGAGACAGAACGACUUUAAGAAAAUGAUUGAGGAGGUGACCCAUCGCCUGGUGAAGCUGGUGAGAGGUGCUCUCCUCCCCUCUACUCUGACUGAGCUGGAGCUGAGGCUGUAUGGUGGCUGGGAGAGCAAGACUGAACUCACUGGACCCUGGCUCACACAGGUCAUACACACUGUCAGAAUCAUUUUUGAAGCUCUGGUUGCUCUGGAGAUCCCUAAUGAUCUGCUGCAGGUGAUCCAGGAUCUACUGUUGGAGCUGAGACAUCACUGUCUACUGGUCACCCUGCACCACACCGCAGGGGAUGUCAAAAGGCUUGCAGAGAAAGAGGACUGGGUCGUAGACAAUGAAGGAAUCACCAGCUUGCCAGCCCAGUUUGAGCAGUGCAUGGUGCAGAUGCUGCAGUCACUCAAAGAACCCAUGGAGACCAAACCUGGGGAGGUCAAUAUCCUCCAGUUGGAUCAGGCCCAAGAUCAAGCCUCAGAGCUCUGUGUGGACAUCAUGAGGGUGUUUGUCAACUGCCUGGAGCAGCUGAGCAAUAAAACAGAUGGAGACAUCAACACUUCACAUAUAUCAGUGGACCUUGCCUCUCCAGACCCAUUCAGUGGCCUUCAGGAAGACUUCUGUGCAACACCGGAGCAGCGUCUGCUGAUAAUCCUGAGUAACUGUCAGUACCUGGAGAAACACACCUUCCUUAACAUGGCUGAACACUUUGAGAAACACGGUUUCACCGGGACUGACAAGAUCACACAGGUGAGUGUCCAUGCAGUGAAGGAGCUGGAUGAGAGUCUGUUUGAUGCCUACAUCGAGAGGAAGUCAGAUCCCAUUGUAGGAUCCCUAGAACCAGGCAUCUACGCUGGAUACUUCGACUGGAGGGACUGUAGUACACCUACAGGUGUGAGGAACUACCUGAAAGAAGCCUUGGUCAACAUCAUCACUGUUCAUGCUGAGGUCUUCACAGUGUCAAAGGAGCUAGUUCCCAGGGUUCUGACUAGAAUCGUUGAUGGUGUGGCGGAGGAGAUGAGCCGUCUCAUGCAGUGUGUGUCAUCCUUCAGCAUGAACGGAGCCAUACAGGCCCGUUUGGAGAUCAAUGCUCUGAGAGAUGUUGUAGCCUCCUACCUGUCAUCUGAGAGCCACGCCAACUUCAAGCAGGCUCUGGAGGCCCUCCCCCAGUUACACAGUGGAGCAGACCAAAAGUUUCUCGAGGAGUUGCUAAAUAGGUUUAAGAGCAGUAUGCAGCUCCAACUCACCUGUUUCCAGCCCUCUAAUGUCCAGCCUGUCAAGAGAUGAGCCAAAUUUAUUUUUGAUGGAAAGACCCAGAGUAAUGACAUGGUUAAUCUGGGCAGCCCCUCUACUGUAGAAUCAUGCUAAUUAUAAUAUUGUUAGAUGGCCGCUCAUCUAGCAAUCAGCAUCCAGUCCCUUUUGGCUAGUCUGGUUUUAGAGGCAGGACUGUCUCUACUCUCUCCUGCUAAGAAAUAUGUCAGAGCCAGCCAACAGCUCUCUGAAUGUUCAUAAAGAAACUGCAGGUGUGUCAUUAUGUGUUAUAUGUGGAAUUUGUUUUCAGUGCUGUUCUGUCCUCAAAUUAAAAGACCUGCCAAUUAAAAUACACAUUUAAAUUGA